UUUUAAGCGACAUUGUUAGCUUUUUCUUUAUGCAAGCAGGAUGUAUAAAAUUUUGGGCAUGUCAAGAUCCGUAUAUAAUCUUUACUGGAUAUACAACGCUGUUAUAAUAGUUGUCAUUGUGAGCUCAUGCCUCUGUUUAGAAAUACAAAUACAAUCUUGCAAAGCCUAUGUAGAAAUUUCUGAUCUUGCUUCCAAAUUUAUAGACUGCAUGAAGGCAGACGAUUCAAAGUUUUGCAACGUCUAUGGACAAAUAAACGAAAAUAAUUUUUAUGCAGACGAAGUGGUAAAAGUUCCUGGUAAAAAUAUAUAUCCUAAACCGAUCUAUUCUUGUUCAUGGAUGGGCUUUGGCCAGCAGAGUGAAGACAAAUAUGGUGUCAAAUGUCAACGGGAUAUCAACAUAUUCUGUGGUUAUGUCAAUGACUGUAGCUUUCAGAUAUUUUUUCUUAUAAAAUGGGAAAAUGUGAAUGAUUACUUAGACGAUGCAAGAUUGUUAGAAAACCAAUGCUCGUCAAAGUGCAGGAGUUAUUCAAACAGGCUCACGACUCCCGUUCCAAAUGUAACAACCACAUUGUCCAGUACAUCUACAAAUAAACCGAGCAUCACAACUUUGUGGCAGUACGUGACAACCAACAGAAUCUUAUCAACAGAGUGGCAGAAUACUACAUCGACAAACAAAAGCAGCCUGAUAAAUUGGAAUUCUGCAAACACGUCAGACGACGAACACCCAUCAAAUACCACUAUUUUAAUUAUAGCUGUAAUUAUUCCCCUUUGUCUAAUUAUAGCUGCAACGGUUGCAAUUUUUUAUUGUGUUCGCAAAAGAUAUCGUUCUCAAAAUAACGCUGGUACAAAUAUUUAUGCAAAUGAUUCUACUGCUUAUGUCAAAAACUUUCCUUCAAAGAGUAACUCUAUAACUUCUACACAUGACACGUGUAAGGAAGAUGAUGAGAAAAGACCGCCAUUUCAAAAUAAACACAAUAAUAAUACAAAUAAAGCUUAUUUAAAUAUUUCUUCGAACAUUGACAGCGAUCAAAAAUUGGAAAAUCUGAAGAACAGUAAAAUGAAGUCAGUUGAUGAAGGAGUAUAUCUGAAUACAAAUUCUGAUUUAAAAAAUAAAGCCUAUGCCAGACUUGGAGACCAAGUGAAAGUUUUUAAACAUGAUUACAAUUGUCUGAUACCAGAAGAUGAAAACAAUAUCAACAUACACGAUGCUUGCAGGAUACCUGAAGAGAUAAAUGCUAGUGUUGAUAAAACUGAGAAUACAAACUAUACUUUGGCUAAUGAUGUCUUGCCAAUAGCUGAUACAUCAGCAAACACAUAUACUUUGGCUAAUGAUGUCUUGCCAAUAGCUGAUACAUCAGCAAACACAUAUACUUUGGCUAAUGAUGUCUUGCCAAUAGCUGAUACAUCAGCAAACACAUAUACUUUGGCUAAUGAUGUCUUGCCAAUAGCCGAUACAUCAGCAAACACAUAUACUUUGGCUAAUGAUGUCUUGCCAAUAGCCGAUACAUCAGCAAACACAUAUACUUUGGCUAAUGAUGUCUUGCCAAUAGCCGAUACAUCAGCAAACACAUAUACUUUGGCUAAUGAUGUCUUGCCAAUAGCCGAUACAUCAGCAAACACAUAUACUUUGGCUAAUGAUGUCUUGCCUAUUGCUAAUACUGCCACUUACAAGAAUACUUUGGCUAAAGAUGCCAUACCAAUAUCUGAUAUAUCAACAAACCCUUAUACUUUGGCUAAAAAUGUCACAACUUGACACACCAUGAAACUUUUUUUCCGUCGAAAAUAUUUUUAGUAGUAUGUUCUUAAAAACAUAUGUAUGAUCUUUAUGUUAUAGUUGUGUAUAUCACACUGUAUAUUUUUUUGUUAUUCUCAUGUUCAUGAUUUGUAUGAUUAGUACACCAUAUUAUUUUUGAUUUGUCACCAUAAAUUGCAAAACAUCCUAAUAUCCCCUGAGAAUAGAACGCGAGACCAACUUCUUUCGCUCUAUGCUAGUUCCGAUAAAUUUGAAAACGUUCAGACGUAAUAAUAAUGUUAUAAACCUGGUGGUGGCACAGAUGGGGGUAGUGGUGUGAGUGUAGUCAGCCGACGCAAAUCGCCCCAGGCCAGCGCUAGACGAGCGGUCAACCGUGACGAGCUACAACGGUAAGCCGAGACGAGUGUCAACACGGCGGUUCGGGAAGGAUCGACGGCGGUCCGGGAAGGAUCGACGUCGUGAACAGAGCUCAGGAGCGUCACGAGAGUUGUAGUCAUCUGACCACCUAGAAACGUCGAGCGGCGUUCUGUCCGGUUCGAGAAGGCCAUUAGGGACCCUAUAUAAGAGCGGAGGUGUCGCAGUCAAGACGGUUCACGGCAGGGGUUCAGAGCCCGGUUCACUACAGUCCGGUCGACUACAUCACAGUUCAGCGGUGUGGUUCUGUACGGAGCAUUACGAUUCAGUGCGGAGUACUGUCAAGUACAGUUGAGACGACUGGCGUCUUGAUCUUGGUCUGUGAUCGAGUCCGACACAACUAGCCUAGUGUGUGAAGUCAGUCCUGAACUGUUGAACUGUUGAACCCAGUGCAAGCCCGGAACGAGACGGAGAGGCCAGUGCAAGACUUGAUACGGCGGAACGGUGUUAUCCGAGAGAUAUUUGUUAUC